AUGACCUCGCCGUUGCCGCCAGAUCCAAGGGCCGAAAGUCGCCCACUCUCUUUACAGUCUCUCCCUAGCGAGCUGCUUCAACUCAUCGUCGCCUACCUCGACACUCCUACGCUCAAACACGUCGCCCUAGUCUCGCAGACCCUCAAUGAGCAUGCGACGGAUAUACUGUGGCAGAACGUCUGCCUAGUCGACCAAUGGAAGUUGCACCUCAACGAGGAGACGGAUCUGUUGUGGGGGGAGCGAGGCCGUGGAGAACCUGAUGAGCACGACGAUACACCUAUUGUCCAAAAACUGCACAUACUUGCGACUAACCCUGCAAUCGCAUCCAAAGUUCAGACACUCUCCCAUCGAUGCCACCUACCGGCGCCGAACAUCUUCAAUGAACUCCCACGAAUGCGAUUCGACGCCGACAACCUCUCGCAGGAUGAACGACUCCAUACUCUCGUCAAGCUCGCGAUACCCAAUUUGAUCAACGUGCACACACUACGGAUUGUAUACGGGCAUUGGAGGCUCACAAACGCACUCGUCGCUGGCUUCCUCGAUCAUAGUCGCCCACAACGUAUGCCCGUGCGCAAAUUGUGGUUAGAGAGCUGUUGCUUCGACAAGACCGAGCUGUUCCGGCUUUUGCAAAACAGCCCUACUGGACUUGAAAGUAUUCGUCUGCGUAGACUUGGAAAGGACAUGUCGGAUCGAACGGAAACUCAGCAGCUACAGUUCAUGGAGUUUUCGCUUUCGCGUGGCGGGCAAUAUUAUCAGAUGCACAAUGGAGCAGGAGGUUUCGUUGGUACCACUAUCCAGAUCUCUCAUGAGGGUUUACCGGAACGAUGGCCACGCUCUUCAACACAAGAGUUGAGAGACAAGGCCAGGGCAUACGAUGCGAUCAUGUGGGAAGAACUCUCGGACAUUAGAGACUACGUUGAUGCAAAUCCGGUACAUUCCGAACCUAUAUCACCUGGACAGUUCGUGCUUGACCUCAGACCCCCAAUGGAGUGGCUAAUUGCAAACUCCGCUUCCACCCUCACCAGUCUAAAUCUAGACUGGAUAAAUUGGCGACGGAGGAAUGCCGAGCCUUCUGCUUCGAGUACUGAUGCUGAAGUGUUCCUGUCUGCACUCAGCAAGCUGCGCUUUCCGCACCUACGUGCCUUUCAGAUUCGCAAUGCUGUAUUGGAGCUUACGAUACUCCCUCAAAACGUCUUUCUGCUGGAAGGCCCGUUUUUGGAAUUUCUCGAGGCGCACCCCAAGAUACAGUGCCUGGGCUGGCCAAUGGACAGAAUAUACAACCACGUUAAGCCGUCCGUUGACACUCAGAACCGAUGCCGGACUUUGGUUGCGCAUUUGGCAAACACAUUGACAGACUUACGCAUUGACACGCAAUACUCAGGACCUGGCGAGCCACUUACAGCUAAGUGUAGUACCAUGGAAGAAAUGCAAGAACGUACACGCCGACGAAAGUUCAUUGACGAAUUUGUACCUCACAUGCGGAAAGUAGAGCAGAUCAAGCUUGAAGGUGGUAUACCACGUGACGAAAAGCGAGAGUUACUACGCGCAUUACAUUGGUGUCCGAUCAAGAAAAUUGUUAUGAUUGGCGUUUCUUUCCCUGCAGGAAACACAUGGGGUGCGGGAGGGCAGCAACUCGCAGCCAUCGACCCUGGUCAAUCCGGUUCCGAUUUCGUCUACAACCUUGAAGAUGAGGACCUUGCUGGCAUCCUAGCCGCUUACCGCCGUGGCUUCCCUAUGCCCUUGGACUUUGACUUCGAACCGAAUUACGGCUGGCCGCCUCAAGCACCACUCCUCCAAACCAUUGCCCUGCACCAUGCAUCCACAGUCGAAGAGCUCAAGAUAUGUGGCUACAACGGUUGCCCGAUCCUGUCAUACACAACACCCAGCACUAAUCCUUUACUGACAGGUCUUCGCUCCUUUGACAAUCUUAAACAACUCGUAAUCUCGUUCUGGUUAAUGACCUGGUACGAAGACUCCUACCGAGACACAGAAAUCAUCCAAUCUUGGCUCGACACGCGUUCCCCUUCUUCGACAGCACUCACAAUUGUGACACCUCCGGCGUCGCCAACGCACGACCAGCCAGUCGACCCAGGACAAUUUCCUAACUUUGGUAACCCACGCGUGGUGCCACGGACUCAGAACUUUAACCGCUGGGCUGUUGAACUCAAGACCAAAUUCACUCCUUCGGCGCUCGCGUAUCGUGUUGCGAGAGACAUUGGACCUUUCUUGAGUGAGGUAGCCAAGGAAAGGAAGAGUGGUGUGCGCGUGAGGGCUAGCUUUUGCUUGGGCGUAAAGGAUGAGAGAAGAACCGCGAGCGACAUAUUCGAUUUGGACAUCAGGAUUGGGAAAGGCAACCAGGUGUUAGAAUUCGUGGGACCGAGAGAGGAAGGCGAGACAGGGAGAUGGUGGACUAAGAUUGAGGAGAGAAGAUGGUUCUGA